ACAUUUACGAUUGGAAAUGACCUUUGACAUAUGUAUGACUCAAGGGACGUAACUACUUUGUACUUCCUGGUCAAAGUACAGUCGCGUGGUUUGUAUGCAUCAAAUUGUUGGUCGUUCAGUUCCCACAUCAAGUGUUCUUCAGACAAAAUGAGUGCUGAAUUUAACAAAGCCGCUGAGGAGGUGAAGAAACUGAAGAAUCGUCCAUCUGAUGCUGACAUGUUAGAAAUUUAUGCUUUUUACAAGCAGACGACUGUAGGUGACGUAAAUACAGAUCAGCCAGGUAUGUUGGACUUUAAAGGAAAAGCCAAAUGGAAUGCUUGGAAUGGGAAAAAAGGGAUGAGCAAAGAGGAUGCACAACAGAAAUACAUUGAUUUAGUAGAAGAGUUAAAGAAGAAAGAUUAAACAUUAGAAGAUUCUAGCAAUGCUGUCAUCUGUUUAGUUGUUGAUCAUCUGAAGAAUUCUUUUUAUGAUGUUACUGAUCAACAUAUUGAUUACUAGGAUUUCUAUCCCAGUGACAAUUUAUUUAUUUUAAUUUCUCUCCUUCAUUUUUGUACGUGUUACUACAGAAUGUGAUUCUGAAUCCCAUCAUGACAGACAUUUCACUCCAUUAAAAUAUUAACAAAAA